GAGAUUAGCCAGCGUGUCAGUAUUGAUAAAAUAGAUCGACGCCAUAUUUAUCCUGCAGCAUUUGCGGUUUCUUAUUGUUCAAAGAAGUUUCUUGUUAACAGCAGAAGAAAGCAAAUACAGUAUAAGCUGGAUUUCGUUCAAUCUCCAUUAUUUGUAGCGUGCAAGAAAGUGUCAGUUUAUUUUAAAGAAUUAUCUCAAUGGAUUCAUAUAACUACCUCAUGGAUAAAGUAGAUGGUGAUGAGGAUUUCAUAGUUGUUGUAGACAACAUGAACGACAUAAAAAAUGCAAUCCAAGAAAAAUUUUGUGCAGAAAUUGAUCCAGAAAUCUUUUUACCAGUGCUGAAAAAAUACAAUGUUGCCAUUUCUCAGCAAGAUGAGGAAGACAUACUUCAUGAAACACGGAACAAGGGCAAAAGUCAUGGUGCCAUGGCUAUACUUGACCGUUUAGUGACGUCAUAUGAUGACCUUAAAUGUCUGAUACAAGUUCUCAGUGAUGACGUAAUUAAUCUCAAGGAAAUGGCGGACAUACUUAUAAACAUAACUGGUCAAGAUAAUGUUUACCGAAUUCCUGAAAGCAGUGUACUGUCAAUUUCUGCUUUUCAGUCAACAGCUGGCAACGACAAUGGUAUCGAUUUAUUGCUUCUAGGUAAAACCGGAAACGGUAAAAGUAGAACAGGAAAUACUAUUCUUGGCAGCGCAGUUUUUAAAGCAGGCGCCAGCAUGGAAUCAGUGUCACAAAUCGUUGAGUCUGGAACCGCUUUGUUCAAUGGCCGUGUGAUUAAAGUUGUUGACGGGCCAGGUAUAGGCGAUACUCACAGCAUGAAUGAUCUAGAACAAGAAACUUGUCUUGUACUGGACAGCUACAAACAUGCAUUUACUCUCAACUCCAAAGGUUAUCAUGCGUUUCUUCUUGUUGUCAAGUUUGGUCAGAGAUAUACUAAAGAAGAUGUCGAAUGUGUUAGAAUUCUGAAACAUGUAUUUGGUGAAGACUUUGUUAAGAAAUUCGGUAUUGUAAUAGUUACGUGUGGGGACAAUUUCAAAACAGAAUAUGAAUCUACAGCAACAACAUUCAAAACCUGGUGCAGUGAGCAGGGUGGGGUGUUCAGAGAAUUGAUGAAUGAAUGCGACAACCGAGUUGUUCUCUUUGAUAACGCAGUCAAAGAUGAAGUGGAACGUUGUAAGCAAGUCCAGGCUCUGAUUGAUGUUGUGGACAAACUCAAGUCGGGUGGGCGACGUUACAGCUUCUCUAACUUUGAGAAAUUUGAGGAAUCCAGAAAACUUAUUCUUCUUCAGGCUAAAGCGCCAAUUAUACGAGAUGAAACAUUGAAUAAAUUGAAACUGAUUACGCAAAAAAUUGGCAACUUGGCAAAGUGUGCAUCUUUGAAUGACCAGUUGAAUUUAAUCCAAAAUCUUAUGAAGGAAACUGAAACUAUUCUCUCUGAAGUUUUAGAAGUUGACAGAGAAACACAUGUUCUCGCAGAUCUAAUCAGGCAAGUUGAAGAUGUUCGGGCACAGCUUAAAGGCACUGCCAAGAGUAUCAAACUUGUACAGAAGGAACAGAAUAAGAAUGAAGAAGCGCGCAUUAAACAUCGUGAGGAAAUCCAACAGCUGGAAAAAACGUUGAAAAUGUUAUCUCUAAACAAACAAGCACUGGAUGACAAUUUUAAAGAACAAAAAAAUAACAUAAAAGAAGAGUAUCAAAGUUUAGAAAGGAAAUUACGCCAAGAGUACGAAUUAAAGGUUGAGAAACAAAGUUCGGUUACCAAUAAUUUAUUAGCUAAAUAUGAGACACAGCUUCAAGAAAUCAGAAGAGGUAAGAAAAAUAGAAGCGAGAAUGAUAUAACAGAAAUAGAAGGUAGACUACUUGGUGAUAUGAAAGCAAUUAAAACAGAACAUGAAGGUAUACAGGGCCAAAUAAAACUUGAACACAAGAAGUUUGAAAACGACAACAAGAUUUUACAUGAAAGAAAACUUAGUGAAUUGCAAACAGCACAUCAAGCUGACUUGAAUGCAUUAAAACAACAGGAAAGUGAUGUUAAAAACGAUAUGAAAUCAUGUACACAAGUUAUUGCUGACCUUGAAGAACAAAGGAAAAAAAUAUUCACUGAAUUUGAAAAAUCACGUAACGACAGCAAGUGUCAAUUAAUUGAAAUGGAAAAAGAAUUUCAGAAAUCAAAAGCCGAAAAUGCAAGACUUCUUAUGGAACUUCAAGUUUCUAAAGAUGAAAGCUAUACCAGUAUAGAGGCUAAGUUAAAACGUUUAAAACAGCAAAAGGAGAGAGAUCCAAAAUCCGUUAAUGAGAAGGAAAUCAAGAAAUUGAAACAGGAAAUUGAAGACCUGAAAAAUGAAUACUUUCCUUCACUUUGUUUAAUUCUUUAAGGCUAGGUGCUUCACCAAAUGCACUUUUUCGUUAUUAAUCAAGCUAAUCCAUUAAAUCUUUACCCAUAUAAUAUAUACUGAAAGUUAUUUUUAAAAAAAGGUAUAAGAAUCUAUUUUAUCAUAUGGUUGCCAUGGUAACGGCCGCCAUAUUGGAUUUUUGUUUAUCAUUUUCAAAAUGCUAAGGCUCUAUAACCACAAGUGCUAAUUACAACAAAAUGCAUGCAUUAUAUAGGGCUAUUUAAGCUUAUUAAGUUCUGUUUCACAUUUUAAGUAAAGCCAAGCUAACUAUUUUAUCUUAAAAAAAUUCUAUCAAACUGAUAAAAAACGCUAAAACGUGCACAAAUGUAGCUUAUUUCUGGCUUUAAAAUAAAAAUAAAGCACGUUUUGAUAGAAAUUGAACUUAGAAGUUAUGUGUAUGUAUCUGUAGAAUAAUAAGGUAAAGUUUCAGUAAGAUACAAGUAGAACUAACUGAGGAGUAGCAAUUUGAAGUGUAAAAUUUGUAAUUUUGAGAAAAACGCGAAAGAAGUAAAAAAAAAAUAAUUAAAAAAAACUACCCAAUAAAUACAAAAUACAAAUCACUAUUUUCUAGUAAUAACUAAUAGGUUUUUAUGUUUAGAAAUGAAUGUAUUUUAAAAAUUAGGUCAAAACUGAAAUUCUACAUCAGGCACCCGAUACACUUAAAUUUGGUACCGCACCUAGCGCAAUAGUGAUUCUAAUAUAUUCACAUCAAUGGUAUUCAAAA